AUGAGUAAGCCGGGAGAUUUCGACGCAGUCCGCAAGGACAUCAUCGCAGAGAUGAAGAAGCCGGGAUACGACGACGGCAGCGCCGGUCCUGUCUUCGUGCGUCUGGCCUGGCACUCAUCCGGCACCUACGACAAGGAAACAGACACAGGCGGCUCCAACGGCGCCGGCAUGCGAUAUGAAGGCGAAGCUGGCGAUCCUGCCAACGCAGGCCUCGAACACGCUCGUUCAUUUCUCGAACCAGUCAAGAAACGCCAUCCCUGGAUCACAUAUUCAGACCUCUGGACGCUAGCAGGCGUAGUUGCCAUAAAAGCCAUGGGUGGGCCCGAUGUCCCCUGGAGGCCUGGCCGGACUGAUUUCGUCGACGAUUCGAAACUUCCGCCCCGCGGCCGGCUGCCGGAUGCCACACAGGGCACCGAUCACCUACGUCACAUCUUCUACCGCAUGGGCUUCAACGACCAGGAAAUCGUCGCGCUGUCGGGAGCCCACACACUGGGACGCACACAUAUGGACCGCAGCGGCUUCGAGGGGCCGUGGGUGAAUAACCCCACGCGCUUCUCGAAUCAGUACUUCAAACUACUGACGACGCUGGACUGGAAGCCGACAACGCUGUCGAAUGGAUUCAAGCAAUUUAACUUCGUGGAUCCCGACGUGCAGGGGGAUGAGAAGGAGGAGCCGCUGAUGAUGUUGCCGACGGACAUGGCGCUGUUGUCAGAUCCGGAGUUUUCGAAAUGGGUGAUGGCAUACGCGGCGGAUAAAGAACUGUUCUUUGACCACUUUGCCAAGGUGUUUGCGAAGUUGCUGGAGCUGGGGAUUAAGCGGGAUGCUCAAGGGAGGAUUAUCAAUACGGAUAAUAAGCUUGGUGGAUAUAUUUCUGCGCCGAAGAAGAGUGAUACACCACGCGCGAGGCUUUGA